GUUUCGGCGUUAAGGUCACACCAGAUUUUAAACAAGUCCGGACAAAGCGGGCGAAAUGACAGCGACGGUGUUGCAGCCGGCCUACCGACAGAAAGAUGUGCAGUUCAUCCCGGGAAAUUAGUCGACAUGUUCUGUAAAGAUCACGACGAAGUCUGUUGUCCAGCUUGUAUAGCUAUUAAACACAGGGCAUGUGUUAAUGUGGACUACUUACCUGAUGUUGCUAAAGGAAUACAGAAGAGUGCGGAGCUCAGCGACACAAGAAAAGCACUCGAGAAUGUUCUGACAAAAAUGAAACAGGAAAAAGAAAUUAAGACAAGUAAACUGACGACGCUUCAUCAUGAAAAGGAGAAGUUAUUUGCAGAAAUAGAAAACUUCAAGAAUGAGCUUAUCAAGAAGAUCGAAGAACUUGCAGAAACUUCAAAGUAACAAAUAUCAUCUAAGUAUGAAGAUAUAAGAAAAGACGUACAGUCCGCUUUGGAUACGCUUGGUACUGCAAUUUCAACAACAAAGACAAAUCUUCAGAAACUUUCCAGCAAAAAUGAAUCCCAAUUGUUUGUGAAUGUAAAAACAAGCAAGUUAUCGAUAAAAGAUUGUGAAACACUUUUGAGAGAGCAAACAACAGGAAAGAAAACUGAAGAGUUGAAAUUUGUAUUGAAUAGAGAAAUGAAAGAAAACCUAACAAGCAUGGGCUUUGUAGUUACUGCUGAAGUUGUCAAAGAAUAUAAAGCCAUCUUGUAUGGAAGGUACAAGAUAAAUCCGACGCCCUGUGAAAUUACAGGUAUAUGUACAAUGGAUGAUGGGACAUAUGUGAUUGCCGAUUAUACAGAUUUACAAAUUACGAGGCUGGACGGAAACCUCGCUGUUGGAGAUCACAUUAAGGUUAGCGGACACCCGUUUUCGGUGUGCAGUGUGGGACCGAAAGAGGUUGCUACAUUUCUUUAUGGUAUAAAUAAAAUACAGUUUAUAUCUGUUGGACAAUGUAUGGAACUGAAAACAGAAUUUAAUGUCGGCAGUUCAGCAGUCGGGGUUUCCUAUGAUGCAACGCAAGAUUCAUUGUUUGUUUGUCACAGUAAUCAAGUUUCUAUUUACACAAAGUCUGGAGUGCUGUUAAGAACAUACGAAAAGAACGAAAAUGGUGAUAGGUUGUUUACGUUAGCUAGACAAUUAGCGUUAAAUGUAUCCAAUCACUCCAUGUUCGUGACCGAUGAAAAUGGAAAAUUAACCGCCUUGUCAAAAGACGGUAAGGUCAUUUGGACAUUCAGUGAUUCUGAAUUGAGACGACCUUGGGGACUGUGUGUGCUGCCGGGUGAUAUUAUCUUGGCGAGCGGGAUAGGUUCAAACAACGUAUUACAGAUUGACAAAGAUGGCAGAAAAAUUGGAGAGUUGUUGGGAGCUUCAGAGAAAUUAGCAUUUCUGUAUGCUUUGGCUUUUGACAGAAAACACUCUAGACUGCUAAUAGGAAGCAGUUCAAAUGAAAUACACGUGUACAUAUUAUCUAAAAAAUAAAUACUUUAGUACUUACAGGAAAUUACUGUAGUAUGUAGCAUGAAUUUGCUUCUGUUUUGUUGUAAUUUCAUAUAUCUAUUUACAUGUAUAUAUAGGCAAUAAAAUAUGGUUAAAUCAAACAAAAAUGAUAUGAGUGUUUGGUGAAGAAUCUCUAUCCUAAAUGUUAUAAGCGGUUUUGUGUAGAUUGUAAGUUAUUUUAAUUUCUCAGCAUCAGAAUAAUUUAGUCAUUUUAUUGCUUAAAAGAUAAUGAAUCUUCGGUUACAUGUAUUUCACUUUUACGUCUAAAGCUUUGACUGUGAUUUGGUGUUCAUAUAAAAUUGGUAUUUUAUAUAAAAUUAACAUAACUUUUUA